CAAGCGCACUCUUUGUAAACAAUGAGAGAUUUUGUUUACUAAUUCGUGGUUUUGUUUUGUUGUUCAUGCAGCGUUAUUUCUGUACCAUAAUGGACUAAAAUGGACUAGAAUAAUUGAUUACCGAAGACAAACAUGGCUGUCAGUAAUACGUCCAAGACAACCACGAAGAAGUUGACCAGUGAGCAUUAUGAAAAGCAGAUCCGCAACCUUGAGAAAGAGCAGGCAGCAAUCUUGGGUCUAAGUUCACAACAGGUGAACCACGAUGCACUACCAUCCACAGCAACGUCGAACCCUGUACCCAGAGGUAGGAUAAGCGAUACCCUGUUACGGAUGAAGAAUCAAAUUGGUCUCCAGGAGGAUGCACUGAAAUCAUUUCAAACUGAGCUGUCAAACAAAGUUGCUGAAGUGGAACACUUAAAGAUUUCAUUGGACAGUCCGGAUACAAUGGACCCAUCAAUUGGUGUUAGUUCACUAGCUGCUUCUGCUAAGGCACCUGAUGUUGCAGAACUAAGACUUGCACUUGAGCAAAAAAUAAGAGAGAAUGAGCUACUACAGAGCAGAUUGGAUGUAAGCAAGGCCGCCAUCACCAGCGCAUUCCCAAGCUCAGGCUACAGCACGGGAAGGACCAACUUUAAUAUUCCAAAGGACGGAACUUCAAGCCUAGGUCAUGUGAGGUCAAGGUCCCUGUCAUCAUUCCCAAUCACCCACAGUGCCAUUCUACCUCAUUUAACACAUCAACAGUCUCAAGAAAAGGAGUCGCUGGAGAAAAGGUUACACCAUUCCCAGUUGCAUAUUGAUCAUCUCAACGACAAACUUAAAGAGUGUGCUGAGGUGUGUGAACAACAGAAGACUGAGUUCCGACAAGCUGUGGAGGACCUACAGACUAAACUAACAGAGACUAUCGUAGGGAGGGACUCAGUCCUGGAAAUGAGGAGAAAAGAGGCCAAUGAACAGGAGAAGUUGAUCAACAAGCUUCAGGAAGCAUUGAAAGAAGUGGAGAAGGAUGCUAAGAGUAAUGAAGAGGCCCGACGUGAAACAGCUUCUAAGCUUGAGGUUUUCCAAAGUAGCCUAUCAACAGCAAAUGCUGUCCUGAGCCAAAUACACCAACAAGCACAAACAGAAGAGGAACGCAGGGGUAAAGAACUACUUUCAAAAGAUGCCAGAAAAGGACAGGAUAUCUGUAGGAUUUCCGACAUGCUGCAAACACUAUUUGAAGACUCCAAAACAGAGAUCAGCAAGUUACGAGAAAAAUUACUUGAGGAAACAUCAAAAUUUAACACCGAAAAGGAAAGUUAUGAAACACAACUGAAAAAUAUGCAAACAGAAUCCAGAAACAAAGUCACUCAGUUGUCAGCAGAUCAUGAACAACAGAUGAAUGCUGCCACCGAGAGGGCAAUGAAUUCAAGAAAACAGUCUCUUAGUCUCCAGUCGCAGCUGACACAGUUACAAGAACUGAUGCAAGACAAAUUGGACCAAAAGGAGGAAGUUGUGAAGAGCUUGGAACAGCAGUUACAACAGGUCAAGCAGACUGACCAAGAGAUGUUGACCAAUUGGUCUCAGAGGAAUAAUUAUCUGAGCAGUGAGGCUGAACGAUACCGAACACAAGUGCAAAGCCUAGAGGCUGAGCGUACCAGUCUGAACACAAAGGUAGAAGAACUCUCAGAACAAAUUGACAAACAAAAGGAUUCCCUGUACAGGGCUGAGGAAGAGAUCUCCUCAGGUAGAGAACAAAACAACAGAUUGUGGAAGAUGCAAGAUGAAAGCAGCAAACAAUGCGAAGAGCUGCAGGCGCAACUGGAAAACAAACUGAUAGAAAUCGCUGAUCUGCAUCGAAGUAUGGCGAGUUUGCGAGAGGAGUCCAAGAAAGAGCUAACAGAAAGGGUGAAUUAUGUAGAGAAAGAAUUACAGCAAUCAGCAAAAGACCAGGCUAAUGAUUUAAACUCCCAGUGUGAAAACUUCAAACAAAUGUACCAGAGGGAAGUUGAGGAAAGAGAGCGACAGAAGGCUAUGCUAGACAGACUACAGGUGCAUAAGGCUAGGCUAGAGGAAAGCCUGGUGGAGGCACAAAAAGAGCUCCACAAGUGUAACACUGAAAGCCAAGAGUUUAGACGCGGCAUAGAAGCAAAGGAGCGAAAUUUUGAGGUUCUGAAACAAGAAAGAGAACAUUAUUUUACUCUAUUAGAAGAAAGGAAUGAAGAAUUAAAUGAAAUGAAAGCAAAGAAUGAUCAGUUACUGAUAAAGGUUAACGAAGGAGAGAAGCAUUUUGAAGCUUUUCGUAAACAGAACACAAACAUGUCGCAAUGGGUCCUGAUGAAUAACCAAACAACUAAUGUUGUAAAAGAAGAGAGGGAGAAACUGAUGAAAUUGUUAGAGGAAAAGACUUUCCAUAUUCAGGAGAUGAAAUCGGCAAAGGGUGAUUUUAAAAAGAGGUUAAAGGAGAGUGAGAAGAAACUUGUUCUACUGAACAAUGAGAAUGAAGAUUUGAAGUUAUCUUUAGAGGAGAGGGUAAAGGAAGUAGAAGAUGCAACCAAAGAGAAGGAAAAAAUGUUUAUAGAGUUAAAGGAAUCACGAUAUGAGAUUGCUUCGUUGACAGAGGACUGUGAUCAACUGAAAUCAGAAUUUAAACUCUUAAACAAAAGAGUUAACCAAGACAAGCAGCGAUAUAAGUCAAAGGUCACUGCUUUAGAUAACGAACUCACUGCUGCACAUAGCGCCCUCACAGCUAGCAAGUCCAUGGAUGCAAAAGCAAUGCAAGUUACUGAGAGUAUGCAGAAAGAGAUGGCUUCAAAGAGAUCUCAGAUAGACACACUGCUAAACAAGGUUCACUGGCUUGAAGAAAGCCUUGAGUCAGCGCAGAGGGAUAACAAUUCACUGGAGAGCACAAAAGAAAAGUACCACUUGCGACUUUCCAGGCUUGCAGAAGAGUUGGAGAAGCUUAGUCUAGAGCUGGAAGAUACCAGGCAACAGAACACCAAACAAGCAGCCUACGUCACCAAACUAGAGCUAGCAUUAGACAAGACUGCCUCCCUACAUGCGGAUGUGAAGGCAGCAGCAGAGAGCCAGGAACAAGAGAUGACGAGGACUAAACUGAGGUAUAGCCUAGAAAUAAAGGAGCUACAACAGGCUCUUGAAACUGCUCUUAAGUCAAACAACACUCUCAGACAAUCUCCAAAGAAGACUGCAGUGAAGGAGGCCACCACUAAACCAACAUUGAAAUCGAAAACUACUAGAACAGAAUUGUCAAAGCCAUCAUUAAGGAAAACGGGAAAGAAACAAUUGAAAACAGCAGAAAGUGUGGACAUUUCUACGAACAAGGAGAAAAGGAAACCUGAAGGUGAAAUGAACAGUGAGCUGCGAGACCUUCUAAAAGAAAUGAAAGCAAUGAUUUCGACUGGGAUUGGGCACCAGACAAGAGACCCGAUUAACACCAACCACAGCAACUCACAACAAAAUACCAGUCAUCCUUCAAAUAUGGAUGUCCUAAUGCGUUCAUACGACAACCAAUCAAAUUCAAGAAGUUUACAGACUGGCAAACACUGGUCCCAAAAUGAACCCACACUUCAUUCAGCCACACCACCUGAGAGACUAACAGAUUUUGAGUUUCCAUUGCAUUCAUCUUCGCCGGUCCAUUCUAUGGGCCUAAGCCAUGAGACAACCAAUAAUCAUCAAGCACUGCCCGAAACCAGCCCUCUGUCCCCUGUUGAAAAGUUACUUCUUCACCAGCCUAAGCCAGUACUUCACCAGCCUAAGGAGCAUCUUGUAGAGCAUCAGGCAUUGCAGACUAGGCCGGAAAAAAGUAGGACUCAACAAAAGUAUAAUGGAUACCCUAGCAAGGCAUACUGGGACAGUGAUCCUACAUCAUCAAGUAUAACAAGCUCUGAUACAGAUAUCGCAGCUACUAAUCAACAGCAUUCAUUGAAAAGACUAGAGGACAAGCUUAAAAGUUUAUCAAAAAUUGGUGGAAAUUUAAAACAGGAAAAUAAAGCAAUGGCAUCACUAAUUCAAAACCAAGGUGUGAAACUGAAGCAAUGCCGCCAACAAGAACAACAACUCAAAGCACCAAAGAAAUCGAGGAAGCAGACACGAUGAUUAUUAUGAAAAGGGCAUAAGUCAGACACAAGUCUAGUCUCAUAUCAUUUGGACUCUAUGAUUAUACAGAUAUACUUUUAUUUUAUUUUAUUUAUUUAUUUAGGCACACAACACAUGGACUAAGGAUUGUCAGUAGCGAAUGUAUUAUCACUGUCUUACUUGUAGGUGAAAAACCCUUGCACAAGUCAAACAUACACACACGAUGCUUUACACAAACUAAAUCUGAGUAUGAGGUUUCAAGGGAGUGGAUUUGUUUUUGGUCCUGAAAAAAAAUACUUCAACAAUGACAGGAAUUGAACCCAGGACCCUGGGAUUGAAAGACAAGCAUCUUAACAACCAAGCUAUUCAACUCAACUCCCUUUCU